UACUCCGCUAAAGCAUCUACGUGGUUGCUUUUUCUCUAAUUAUUUAAUACACUCAAGGAAACCCAGUACAUUGUAUGUUACUCAGCAAUAGUGACGUCAGGUCAAACUCGCAACCUCCAUUGGUCAAAAUAUUAGCACCAAGAAAUGUGAUUCGCUGCUGCUGAGAGGUGAAAGGUUAGCUUGUUGUUAUGUAGCCAUCUAGCUAGAAAAAAAAACACAGUUUAUAGUGUUUGUUUGUUUUAACCACGUCUGCUUUCGCUACAGCCCAAUCUAACAGUAGUACAUGCAAUUAAGUUGUAUCCGGUUAUUUUUGGUGAUUAACAACAUUAGUUAGAGUUUUUUUUUUCUCGCUUGGAAAUGAUGAAGUUAGGUUGCUAGCUCGCGAAGUGACCGGUGUCUUCCAUCUCGCAGGCAUAUGUGUCAAAAACUGACCUUGUUGGCACUGUCAGCUGAAGGACAGUUUUAAGCUUCUAUCCAUAGCAAUGGCAUAUACCAGACUCUUUCACUUAUUCAUGAUCAGAGCUGCACGUUCGACCCAAACGCGAGCCGCUGGAGGUGCACGGUGCUUCCGAAAACAUGUCAGCACUUCAGCUUGGCGAGCACAGAGCCGAAUGUCCGCCUGGGUCGUCGACCAGUUUGGCACUAACGAAGUGUUCAGGUACUCUGAAGACAACCCCGUCCCUACGAUCACCUCGUCCAGCCAAGUGAUGAUCCAAGUGCACGCUGCCAGUCUCAACCCUUUGGAUGUGACCAUGAGAGGAGGGUAUGGAGCUAAGAUGCUGAAGCUACGAAGGGACCCAUUUUCGAUAAUGGAUGAUGAUAGUGGUUUUCCUCUGAUCCUUGGUCGAGAUGUGUCCGGCGUUGUGGUGGACUGUGGCUCUGACGUUGCACACUUUGUACCAGGAGAUGAGGUUUGGGCUGCUGUACCCCCGUGGAAACAGGGCAGUCUGGCAGAGUUUGUCAAUCUUACAGAGUUUGAGGUGUCCCACAAGCCCAAAUGUAUAAGUCACACGGAGGCGGCGUCCAUCCCGUACGUAGCCAGCACUGCGUUAUCUGCGCUUGUCAACGCAGGUGGUCUUUGCAGAGACAGCUCCUCCAAUAAAAGAAUUUUGAUUAUUGGAGGAUCAGGAGGUGUUGGGACAUUUGCUAUUCAGUUGGUAAAGGCCUGGGGUGCCCAUGUUACAGUCACUUGUUCUCAGAACGCAGAGGGCCUUGUCAGAGGGCUCGGAGCCGAAGAGGUUGUGGACUACACUGCGGAAGAUGCGGCCGUCCAACUAGAAAUGAUGGAGAGAUUUGACGUGAUUUUGGACAACGUGGGUGGGGACACCGAAGAGUGGGCGGUGGGCUUAUUAAAACCCUGGUCUGGGGCGAAGUACGUCACGCUGGUAACCCCUUUGCUCUUCCAAACGGAUUCCCUCGGCCUACUGGAUGGACUCGUUCACGCCGGAUCUACCCUGAGCACCAAGGUCAUACAGAAUAUAAUAUCAAAUGGGGUCUUCUACCGCUGGGGGUUCUAUGUCCCAGAUGGGCCUGGCCUGGAUGAGGUCAGCAAGCUGGUGGAUACCGGGAAGAUCUUGCCAGUGGUGGAGGCCCAGUUUUCAUUCAGCCAGGUGCCUCAGGCUUUUCAGAAAUUGGAGCUCGGCCACGCCAGAGGCAAGACGGUCAUCAGCGUGACUGAGGAGCAAGAAAUGGAUCAGAACGCGGCACAGGAAACGGCAAUGCAGAACUAACAGAAGUGCCAAGAGAAUGAAUCUGUGCUGAUUCUUCUCCUUACAAGGUAACUCUGAAGACUCGCACCCAUUGAGACGGGAUAAAAAGUGGGACAAAUCCUGUUGUUCAUAUUGAACCCGACAACCCUUUUUGAAAAUUUUAUCACAAGGCUUUCCUACCACCGUGAUAUUACUCUGGUAACCAAUAGUUGACCUGUGUACCUUUCAGGUUUUUCAUUACAAACAGACUUAAGUAAAUAUCUUGUCUGCUAUUUAUACUGUAACACAAAAACAUGCUCUAUUAAGUUGUUUUUGACCACAUCCGCAAAUAGACGCUGCCAGAUCUGUCUGAGACAAGCAUUUAUUCUAAUAUCACAGUUUUUUUUUUGUUUUUUUUUACCUAUUUUCCUGUAAAUUUAGCGCCACCACUUUUUCUGCAAGAUAAUGAAAAUUUAGCUCACGGACAGACCAGCUGUGAUGCAACAAUAUUAUUAUUAUUAAAUUAAUUAAAUCUCAUUUAAUUAUAUAACCCCUUAAAAGAAUUCAGAUGCAAGAUAUUAUAUCAAUAUAAUACAAUAUCUUAUAACCCAAUUCUCUACUACUGGAUUACACGAGGACUCAGCGUAAAAAGGGCCAUAAUGGUGUGAAUAAUAAUAAAAGAAAAAUGUGGAUCUAUUUUCCAGGAUCUCUGUAAAAGUGGCUUAAGCCUCCAAUCUGCAACUCUUGACAGUCUACACUGCGCAGAAUCUGUCGGGCGCAUAUUUCUGUAUGUCAUGAUCCUUUCACAAGCAUAAUACUUGACAGCAACAUACCUCAAUAGUCACACAAUUGUUGAGGCAACUCCAAUUCUUACUUUAGGGAACUAUAACUAUAUGUGCGGUGGGCUCUAAAUUAUUGUUCAUUAAGUGCAUGCUUAUCAUUGUCCUGUAAAAGGUUUGUUGUGUCAUGUGGGCGUGAACAAUUAAAGAUGAUGCAAGGUGA